CACCCUCGCCGUUGCCUCCGUCUCCUCGGCGGCGCGUCCGGAGGCCUGGCCAGACGUGGCCGCCCCUGUGCUUUCUGUGUCGCCCCGAGUGAGCAGAAUCGACCCCGCGCCCACCCUCUGCUUCCCCAGACAGAGAACGGCGUGCUGCUGCCCUCCCUGCAGUCGGCCCUGCCCUUCUUGGACCUGCACAGGACGCCGCGCCUGGAGUUCCACCAGUCCGUGUUGGAAGAGCUGCGGGAGAAGCUGCUGGAGCGAGUGUCGGCCAUCGCCGCGGAGGGGAAGGCGGAGGAGAGGUACAAGAAGCUGGAAGACCUGCUGGAGAAGAGCUUUUCUCUGGUGAAGAUGCCGUCGCUGCAGCCGGUCGUGAUGUGCGUCAUGAAACACCUGCCCAAGGUCCCUGAGAAGAAGCUGAAGCUGGUCAUGGCCGACAAGGAGCUGUACCGCGCCUGCGCCGUGGAGGUGAAGCGGCAGAUCUGGCAGGACAACCAGGCGCUCUUUGGCGACGAGGUGUCCCCGCUGCUGAAGCAGUACAUCCUGGAGAAGGAGCGCGCGCUCUUCAGCUCGGAGCUCUCCGUGCUGCACAACUUCUUCAGUCCGUCCCCCCGGACGCGGCGCCAGGGCGAGGUGGUGCUGGUGCAGAAGCAGAUGGUGGGGAAGAACGUGAAGCUGUACGACAUGGUGCUGCAGUUCCUGCGGACCCUGUUCCUGCGCACGCGGAACGUGCACUACUGCACGCUGCGCGCCGAGCUGCUCAUGUCCCUGCACGACCUGGACGUGGGCGACAUCUGCUCGGUGGACCCGUGCCACAAGUUCACCUGGUGCCUGGACGCCUGCAUCCGGGAGCGCUUUGUGGACAGCAAGCGGGCGCGGGAGCUGCAGGGGUUUCUCGACGGCGUGAAGAAGGGUCAGGAGCAAGUCCUGGGGGACCUGUCCAUGAUCCUGUGUGACCCCUUCGCCAUCAGCACGCUGUCCCUGAGCACCGUCCGGCACCUGCAGGAGCUGGUCGGCCAGGAGACGCUGCCCAGGGACAGCCCUGAUCUGCUGCUGCUGCUCAGGCUCCUGGCGCUGGGCCAGGGGGCCUGGGACAUGAUCGACAGCCAGGUCUUCAAGGAGCCCAGGAUGGAGGUGGAGCUCAUCACCAAGUUCCUGCCGACGCUCAUGUCCUUCGUGGUGGACGACUACGCCUUCAACGUGGACCAGAAGCUCCCAGCAGAGGAGAGGGCCCCGGCCGCCUACCCGAGCGCCCUUCCCGAGAGCUUCACCAGGUUCCUGCAGGAGCAGCGCAUGGCCUGCGAGGUGGGGCUCUACUACGUGCUGCACAUCACCAAGCAGAGGAACAAGAACGCGCUCCUCCGCCUGCUGCCCGGGCUCGUGGAGACCUUCAGCGACCUGGCCUUCGGCGACAUCUUCCUGCACCUGCUCACGGGGAACCUGGCCCUGCUGGCCGAGGAGUUUGCCCUAGAGGACUUCUGCAGCAGCCUCUUCGAUGGCUUCCUGCUCACCGCCUCC